AUGCUACGAGGUCACGGAUGGGAUGCCCACUAUGUGUUUGAAGUGCACAUCCAGGUACUGGACGAGAAGUGGCAGAUCUACCGCCGCUACUCCAAGUUCCGAGAGCUCCACGACUACAUGAAGCAGAAAAUCCCAGCAAUUCGUGCAUUGAGCUUCCCCCCAAAGAAGAUCUUCACUAAUUGGUCGGAAAAAGCAAUAGCCAGACGAAGGGGAGAACUGGAGGUCUAUUUGAGGAACUUCAUCUCGGUGUGCUUAAAGAAUCCUUCCUGUCCCCUGUCCCCCGGACCCGAUCGAGUCCUCUCCAAGCAGACACUCUGCGACUUUGCCACGUUCUUCCGCAAAGGGGCCUUCGAAAUGACCAAAUACGGCACCGGUUGA